AUGCAAGACAUAAAAUUAACUCGCACGAACACGAAAGCUUUCGCGUAUAAUACGAAGUCAGCAGUUGAAUUUUGGGGAAAAUUCGAAGCGGUAAUCGAAACACGAAAACGAAUAUAUGUAGCCACAUUCUAUGUCGCUAAAGCUGCGAACUGUGGAAACUUACUUUCUCUUUCUACUGCACAAGAACUCGGACUUAUUAGUUUGCAUCUAGACAAACUGACAUCAAAGGAUGCCGCACUAGAAAACAUCCUUCAAAAGCAUUCUAAAGUUUUUUCCGGUACGCCAUCCUAUACCAACAGUAAAUGAUGUUAGUUUUGCCCUGAAUGGAGUAAAAUUUUUCUCGAAACUUGAUUUGAGCCAAGCGUAUCAUCAGUUAGAACUGGAUGAACAGUCUCGUUAUAUAACAACCUUUAGCACUCAUGUAGGUUUGUAUCGCUACAAAAGACUAAACUAUGGUACAAACGCUGCAGCGGAGAUAUUUCAGUACACACUCCAAACUGCACUGCAAGGGCUUAAAGGCGUCAAGAACAUCAUAGCUGAUGAUAUCAUUGUAUUCGGCUCAACAAGAACUGAACAUGACGCUAAUCUUGACAAAUGUCUACAAAGACUUGCAAUGAAGGGCUUACGACUAAACCGAAGCAAGUGUAAUUUCCUUAGUACUACAUUGUCAUUUUUCGGACAGGUCUUUUCGAAAGAAGGUACUCAUCCUGAUCCUAUAGGAGAGUAG